UCUGUUCUUCAUCCAAAACUAACGCCAAUUGCAAAAUGAUUUCAAAAAUAUUUGUCAUGUUUGUACCGCUGGUGUUUGCUGUGACUGAUCCAACAACAAUCUGUCUCCCAGACCAAGUCUCUUUCUAUAGCUACGAUAUUCAGACGGAUGUCAUAUCCUUUGUUACACUAGACUACAAGCAGAAGCUCAUGGCAGCAGUAACAGGCAACACGAGUGUGGUCAACGACCUGGCUAAUGGUAAAUCCUAUGCAACUGAUGCGACUGGUAGCUGCCAAUCUUCAGAUUUAGUUCCAAGAGACCCGUAUCCUCAAUGUCUGCCUGCUAACGCAGUACUCAUUGGGAAUAUUUACAUUGGCUUUGGCUCAAACACGCUGAACGCUACAGGCUGGACGUUCCCUUACAAUAAUGGAGUGGUCAAGAUUGGUUUUACCAACGACCCCAAUGCACCUAAUGUUCCAAUCAUAUCGAGAUUUGUUGACGAGAAAGGUGUUUUGUACUCUAGUUUUACUGCCGACGCUGUUGCUAACCUCACCCAGCCUGAGAGAUUGAAGGUCCCAAGCCCUUGUCCACCUAAAGUUAUUGUUUGACGAGAAACAGAGAACUUGAUAUUGAAAUCUGACUCCCUAAGUGUUCAUCUCAUGCAUUCUAGGCUGUCUGCAAGAAAAAAUCUCUUUCUAUGUCAUCUAAUUAGAAUGUAUCUGAACAAUUUAAAAAGUGUGAAAUAUUGUCAUCAAAAUGAAAACAAAAACAUAAUCAACAUAAUAUUCAUACAUGCAACACCUUCAUUUAUGUUCACUUUAACUUGAAUAAACUCACUAAUUAGAAUGUAAA